UAACCGUCGCGACGCUAAGUACUAGCUGUUCGUGUUUUUUAUUUAACGUAAGUCGAAAUUUAUAUACAUAUAUUUGGACCUUUGGUGCAAUUUGAUAUUUCUGUGGCUCAUCAAUUUUUCGUAUUUUGUUGUUUCGUUUUGACGUUAAAUAAUAUAAAAUUUUAUAUGAUUAAUGGGGAAACCUCGUCUGCUGUAAAAAAUAAGACAGGAUCUUGUGACAAAGGAUCAUACCCAAGGAUGAAUCACGUAACAAUCCCAGAGAUAAGUAAUCAACAUCUUGUUGAAUCAGAAUUUUAAAAAAUAGCAACAAGACAUUUUGUCAUACACUAAUUAAGUUUUAAUUGUUGCUCUAAUGAAUGUUAGUGUAAAAAUUUAAUAAAUUUUUUUUUCAGAAUUUCAUAUACAUAUUUUCGUACUGCCAUUUCGAAGUCUAAUUUGGUUAUAAUAAUAACAAGUACUAUUCAUUAAGCACAAGUGUUAUGUGGGAACCAUGAUGUUCAAAGUUAAUUCACCAAAAUCUAUUUUAACCAAUACUAUAAAUAAAUCUCGUUACGAGCGUCGUCGCAACCCCCCGCUGCCGCGACGCUAGGCGUCGUCUAUCUCUAUUAGUGUACGAUGUAACGGAAAACAAGACGGACAUAAGAAGAUAUCGAGAUGGAGGGGGAAUGUCGAUGGCAGAAUAAUUGCAUCAGAGGCUCUUGUAGAAUUUGCGGCAACGAAGGCGGACUUCGUUGCAGUAAUUGCAGGAUGCAAUUUUACUGUAGUAAAGAUCAUCAGCUGACCGAUUGGCCAGAUCACAGAGAGAUUUGCAUCGCCUGGAAGAUUCAAGAGUCACCUGAGCUGGGUCGAUACCUGAUAGCCUCGAAAGAUCUAUACCCUGGAGAUACAAUAAUUGCCGAAGAUCCAAUAAUUUGGGGUCCUGCGCUUCAUACGGAUGAAAUAAUCUGCAUUGGUUGCGGUUAUAAAAAUCCAACGUCAACAUGUCCAACGUGUAGGUGGCCAUCUUGUAAAUCAACGUGCGAAGGUUUAAAAAAUGUAAACGGACAUGGAAUUGAAUGCAAGCUUCUUGCCAAGGCAAAGAUGCUUCCCAGAUGCGAAAUUAUCCUACCGUUACGUAUUUUACUGUUGCGCCCAUUCGAUCAGAAGCGCUGGAAGACAUUAAUUAAACUUCAAAGCCACGAAGACUCACGGGGAUCCGGAACCGAGGCUUACGAAGAGGUCAAAAAAUUGGCUGAUCAAAUGAGUCCAUUGUUGUCCCUGGAUCCGGAGUCUAAGAAAAUAUUACCAAAGGUCUGUGGAAUUAUUGAUGUGAAUGCACUGGAAACUAAUCCACCGGAAGGGACAGUGGCUUUGUACAAAACAGCAUGUCUUUUGGAACACAGUUGCGUAGCCAAUACAAAGCACAGUUUUAAUUUGGAGAUUAAUGGAAAGCCAAGUAUCAAAGUCGAAGCAGCUACCUCUGUAAAGAAAGGAGAUCAUCUCAGUAUAAAUUACACGCAUGCGCUCUGGUCAACCAGAGCGAGAAGAGAUCAUUUGUAUGCAACAAAAUAUUUUUUAUGCGACUGCAAAAGAUGUGCAGAUCCAACAGAGCUUGGAUCCCAUUUAGGGACUUUGAAGUGUUCUUGUGAAAAUGGAUGGGUCCUGCCAAAGGAUCCUUUGAAUCAGGAUACGGAUUGGUCCUGUGACAAGUGUCUGUGUGUUCUAUCAUCGGCGGAAGUCUUGGAAAUUACAUACAAACUGGAACAGGAAGUGGAAGAUGCAUUGGCUAUUGCGAGCAAGGAAGUUCUUGGGAAUAUUUUGACAAGGUUAGAGCUCCUCUUGCACCCUGGACAUCAACACUGUAUUAGCAUAGCACAUUCUUUGAUCCAGCUAUUAUCACCAGAGGAUCCUCGCAAGUCUGAAUUAUGCAAAAGGAUAAUUAAUACUACUAGUAUUAUCGAUCCUCAUGGUGUUCGACUUGGACUUUACACUGCAGUUGCAUUGCGAGAACUUGCCACGUGUCCUGGAGAAAAUAAAACGGAUCUCCUUGUAAAAGCUAUAAGACUCCUUUACAACGAACCUGCAAACAGUCCUGGUCAGAAACUAUCAUCGUUAAUGGAGCAGCAAUUGAUAAGUUGACAAGAAUAAAAUUGAUUAGUCAAUAUCGAGGACGCGAUUAGUAAAAUUUUAUUUGCCUAUUAAAAAAUCUAAAAGUUUGUCUUGUCACAAAAUUUAUAUUCGUCACUGACUCCAAUAAAUUUUAUUUCAUAAAUUCA